AUGACAAGCGUUCGUCCUCGCAAUGAUUUUUCCGGUAGUCCAAAAGGGCUCACCAGGGCCGACUUGACUACAUUCCGCGAUGGAGGUACCGACAGCCUCGAGCCUAGUCUCAAUGAAGAUGUGCCGGUUAGCGAUACCAUCAGCAAACUCGACGUAAUUCAUGGCCAUCUCGCCGGAAUGAGCGGCGAACCUCCAGAAGCAGCGAAGGAGGUAACAGGUAAAGUUGUUAAAGAUCUAGAAUCGAGCACUGUGCCUACAUCUACGGAGUUGGAUGAAAUGACCCAUGUGGAGCGACUUAGCCGACCGAACGAGGAACUCGAGCGCCAGCUCGUUCAACAGAUAGCAGAGAAUGAGUCCUUACAUCGGGAGCUUUCUACUCUGCAAGAGAUUGAGCAAGAGAAUGGAGCGAGCCUCCAGAGGGUAAACCUUUUAGAGAAGCGGACGUACGACCUGGAGGAAGCAUUGAACUCGAAAACGAUGGAGCUGGAGGCUGCUUUGGAAAAGCUAAGUUGCGUCGAGCAGGAACGCGAUCAGUUGCGCAGCGAGAGUCAAAGUGCUGGACAAGAGCAUCAAGAACACACUAAAACGCUAAAAGGCAAGCAAAGAAAAUUGCUGCAACGAAUUGAGCAGCUUGAGCGUCUGCAUGAAGCCCAAUCGGACGACCAGAAAUCGGCCGAGCGUCACUGGAAAGAGAAGAUGACGAAUGCUACGCGAGCAAACUCGCAAACGAUUGAUGCCCUCCAGCAGCAGCUCGAACAAAGCCAUAACACGACAAAGAAGCUCGAAGCGGAGGUGCAAGAACUCGAAGAGCAAGUUCAAAAAUUACUAGCGACGACAGUGCGACAGACAGGUCUAAUCGAGGAGUGCGACCGCGCGCUGUCCGAAACCAAAGCACAGCAGCAGCAAGCCGAGCGCAAGUAUGAGGAACAGCGAAAACUUUCGUGCGAGCUGAGUGCGAAAACCGAGAGACUAGAAUUGCAAGUGGCGUCGUUGCCAGUGAAGUUGGAGAAGGAAGUUGUAUUGCUGAAAUCUGAGCUCACCAAUCAUAUAGACGCGCUGAGAGACAAGGACAAGGAGAUCGAGGCCAUCCAGCACGCCUUCGUUACUAAAGAGGAAGAAAUACUCCACGUGGCCGAGGUUCGUCCCUUGUUAUUUUACUACUUUCUGGUCCUUCGGCUUAGCUUAAAACAUUGUUCAUGUCGAACAACACGAAGAUGA